CGAAAUUCAAAACAAACAAUUCUUUUUUCUGUAUUUAUUCCAGAAUUCUAGUAUCAUCUGAAGGUAAGCUAACGGAAGAAGAAUUUAAAGAACUCAACAAAAAACUGGCAAGUAUUAGUGAACUUACAAGGCAUUGCCAAGAAAAACAUGAAAAACAAGUAUUUACUGACUCAAAAGUAUUAGAUCAAAAUGUACCUAGCAAAGAUUACGAACGGACAAGAAAAAAGGUGGAGGAAGGUGUCAUUGACAUGUGGUACUAUCUUCGAUCGAACAUUAAAAAAUUGAACAAGAAGCUGAAGUCAGACAAGGAAAUCAUUAAUUCGUUAAACAGUUUCUUGGAGAAUACAGAUCAGCGUACAGGGUCUCUUAUGUUGGAUUUAAAAAAACUCCAGGAAGUAGAUGGCAUGGAAACUUGGAGACAAAAAGAAGCCCAAGAACUUAGUGAUCUGGUCCAGCGGAGACUUAGAUAUCUGCAGAAUCCCAAGGACUGCAGCAAGACUAAUAAGUUAGUGUGUGACAUCGAUAAAAACUGUGGUUUCGGGUGCCAGAUUCAUCAUGCGGUAUACUGUUUUAUUGUAGCAUAUGGAACCCAGCGGACCUUAAUUUUGCGAUCUAAAAACUGGAGAUACUCAAGAGAAGGCUGGGAAGCGAUGUUUCAGCCAAUCAGUGUCAACUGUACUGAUGAAUACGGGGUUUCUCGAGCUAACUGGUCAGAGUCAAAUGAUGCCCAAGUGAUUUAUUUACCGAUUCUUGACGAAGUUCAUCCACGUCCUCCUUACCUUCCUCCUGUCAUUCCUAAAGACCUGUCUGAUAGAUUUAUGCGUCUCCAUAGCAAUCCUAUAGUGUGGUGGAUUGGUCAGUUUUUGAAAUACCUUCUACGUCCACAAGAAAGCUUAUCAAAGUUUCUUAAAGAAGCAGAGAAAAAAGUGGACUUUAAUCUUCCAGUGGUGGGGAUCCAUGUGCGACGAACAGACAAGCUGUGGUCCGAAGGAGCUUUCCACAAAGUAGAGGAAUAUAUGGAACAUGUAAAAACCUAUUAUAAGCAGCUGGAAUUGAAGCAGCCAAUCGAAAAAAGACAAGUGUACAUUGCUACGGAUGAUCCUAAUUUACUCGAAGAAUGCUGGAAUAAGUUUCCUGGCUACACUUUCAUUGGAGAACCAGAUACAGCUAAAGUAGCUGCCGUCAUUGAUACACGUUAUUCUCCUGAAGCGUUGAAAGGUGUUGUAGAAGAUAUCUACAUGUUAUCGAAGACGGACUUAUUGAUCUGCACCUUUUCGUCACAACUGGGCCGUUUAGCUUAUGAAAUUAUGCAGACUAACCACCCUGACGCUUCAAGUAACUUCCGUUCACUGGACGACAUAUUCUACUUUGGUGGACAAGACUAUCCAUAUCAAACGGUUAUCUAUGACCAUCAACCUCGCAGUUCAGAAGAAAUCGAACUUAAGAAAGGAGAUGUGCUGAUCCCUAGAACAAACCUUUGGAAUGGAUUUUCCAUCGGAAUGUUAAGACACAACAAUAAAUCUGGAGUUUAUCCCUCCUACAAAGUAGUGGAUCAGAUUCAAGUUCAAGAGUUUCCACUUUAUAAAGAAGCUGAUGAUGUUAAUUCUUAACGAAGUACAACAUUCAUGACUUAUGAUACAAGCUUUACAAUUUUGUAACAUUUUGUCGUCGUUAUACUCUGAACUGUAUACAUACCCUGUUAGUUAAAUGGAGUAAAUAUUAAAUAAAAAUUAAAAACAACAGACGCAAAAUGUGUUUGUGAAACACCCAUUCCCCCACUAAUGUUCAUUGUAUGUUUAAGUCCCACAUUUGAUAGACUUUGACUUUUCAGGCAUGACCUUCAAAAAUUAAUCAGGUCUAGAACUUUGUAUGUAGUGCAUGCGAUAUAAGUUCGUUCAUUGUCCAUUCAUCCUGUAUUGAAAUAUCAUGGCCAUAAGGUUGGGAAAUAUUUUCUACUUACCAGUGAUCUUUUUACUAUGGCCUUCAAAAGUUAAUCUAGUCUAAAAUUUUGUAUGUAGUACCUGUUUUAUAAGUUUGAUCACAACCCAUCCAUCCAAACUUGAGGUAUUCUAUAUACAGAUCAGGGCGGAUAAACGAACAGACAGGGGCGAAAUCAAUAUGCCCCGCUGUGCUUCGCUAAGCAUUAGGGGCUUUAUAAGUACAAUAAAACCAAACCAGAGUACCAGUGUAACUCUCCUUAAAAAUAUCUUUUGCGGCUUUUCAAGAAACUUUCCUGUCA